AUGUUCGGUAGUUAUCAGCACCUCGCUUUAAAAAAUAUACGGUUUUAGGUUUCUGGGUUUGGUUUUCUUUUGUCACGCUCUCAGCAACGGAGACUAUUUUUGAAGCGCGAUAUAAGCGGGUCAGAUCAAUCUUCUCUUUUUACCCCUUAUUGUCAAAAACUUUUAGUGGCCGGAGGAAACGGUUGACAUUACUUUUCGGAAAAAUGGUACCGUUUGGGUGACCAAUGUUACUAUGGACAAAAGUCAGAACCACAGGGAAGACCAAAUUCUUGCAGAACUAGCCCCUUUUUAUUCGAGUACUUUCCAAUGCAUCUUUCAAGUUUUUUAUUUUUAUUUUUUUAAGGACCAUCAGAAAAGAAAACUUUUGCGAGCGUAUCGAUGACCAGAACCGUUGGAGUCCACUUCAAGUAUCUUCUGUCGACAAAUAACAUUGAUACGCUUCUUUUGGUCAGUUUGUUUUUUGAAAAAAUUGUUCAUUAUUUCAAAAGAUUCGCGUCUAAAGAAACAAAACACUUUAGACAGAUUUAUGCUCUCAAAUGAAACCGAAACUGGCAGGGGUUCUCGAAGCAAGCGGCCAGAAACCGUCCAAAGUUGUGUUCUUCGUCGGACAUCCUUCGAGCGAGUUCAAAUUGCCGACAGGAUUCGCUUCAGGCAUUGGUAAGGCAUUCAAUUGUUUUUCCUCUCGGAGGAUCCGUUUUGAAAAUAAGAGAAAUCUUGUUUUAGGUUGGAAAUCGUUCACAAUAGUACUCAGUGGCCGAGCAAAACUGGACUUGGAGUCUCUUCAUACAGAAUCUCUCCGAUUUGUACGUAACAAAUAUCGAGAAAUGAUUGAACUUUCAGGAAUGCCUUUUUUCACUUUGUAGAGCUUUCAGACCAAUUCUCUAACGAUUCGGCAAGAGGGAGAAGAGACAGUUGAUAUACCUGCAGCCGACAUUUUCGCUCUGAACUCCCCUAAUUUGCACUUGCAGAAAUGCCAAAUCUCAGAGGACGAGACUGACAUUCUAAUCAAGGUUCUCUUUUGAUUCCAUUUUUAAUCGACGGAAAUAACAGAGCUGGAGAGAAGGUCGGAAGGAGAUCAACAACUGGGACCUCGAACUCGCCUCCGUCGGCCCUUUUUCCGUUUCGAAAACAGUGCGGCGGACAAUUCGCAAGCCUCAUUCCCUUCGUGUCAACCUCACACCAACAAGAUAUCUUUUCACAAAAAUAGAAUCUUUUCGAAAAUUAUAA